CUUUCGCCUCGCAUCCCGGGCCACUCGUUUCCAAGGGCAGAGGGAGGGAGGAAGGGAGGGGGAAAAGAAGGAGGGCCUGGCAGCAUUCCUUUGGUUGGAGAAGGAGGAGGAGGAAGAGGGAGCCCUUUGGGUUUUUCUUCAAGCCUCUUCAGGGAUCGAUACUUGAUACAGAGAACCAUCUGCUGGGAAGAAUCGCUGCGAGGUUGGAACCAGAAAGGCCUCCUCUUUUCCCGAGGAAGGAGAGAGAGAGAGAGAGAGAAGGGGAGUGGAGGGAGAAGACGCCUCAAAUUUUCUAUAUUUUUCUAGAGCCAGAGUAUUUUAUUUUCCUAAGGAUCCAAAAUGUCGUCUUUUGCAAAAGAUUUUAGCAAAGCAAUGUCUCAGGCCGGUACUUCCCCAUUCCAGGAAGCAAUUAGACAAGAACUGGAAUAUUCCAUGAAAGUGGAAUUGGACAAAAUUCUUGCAACUGCACCACAGAAUGAACUGCCGCACACUAAGAAGGACCUGGAAGGGUUUAAAAAGCUCUUUCAUAGAUUCUUACAAGAAAAGGGACCUUCUGUGGACUGGGGAAAGAUCCAGAGACCUCCAGAAGACUCUAUACAGCCCUAUGAGAAGAUAAAAGCCAGAGGUUUGCCAGAUAGCAUUGCUUCAGUUUUGAACAAACUGGUUGUAGUGAAACUCAAUGGCGGCUUGGGCACCAGUAUGGGAUGCAAGGGCCCCAAAAGCCUUAUUGGGGUGCGGAAUGAGAAUACCUUCCUGGAUUUGACUGUUCAGCAGAUCGAGCAUCUAAAUAAAACAUACAAUACAGAUGUUCCACUAGUUCUAAUGAACUCCUUCAACACUGACGAAGACACCAAAAAGAUCUUGCAAAAAUACAGCCACAGUCGUGUGAAAAUCUACACUUUCAACCAAAGCAGGUACCCACGCAUUAAUAAGGAAUCUUUACUGCCAAUAGCAAAAGACGUGUCUUACUCUGGAGAGAAUACAGAGGCUUGGUAUCCUCCAGGGCAUGGUGACAUCUAUGCAAGUUUCUACAAUUCUGGAUUGCUGGAUAAUUUUAUUGAUGAGGGGAAGGAGUAUAUUUUUGUGUCCAACAUCGAUAACCUUGGUGCCACCGUUGAUCUCUACAUUCUCAACCACCUCAUGAAUCCGCCAAAUGGAAAACGGUGUGAAUUUGUUAUGGAGGUCACCAAUAAAACAAGGGCAGAUGUUAAGGGCGGUACGCUUACACAGUAUGAAAACAAACUGAGACUGGUGGAAAUUGCUCAGGUGCCAAAAGCGCAUGUUGACGAAUUUAAGUCUGUUUCAAAAUUCAAGAUCUUCAAUACAAACAACCUGUGGGUUUCGUUAUCGGCAAUUAAACGGCUGCAGGAACAAAAUGCAAUUGAUAUGGAAAUUAUUGUUAAUCCAAAGACUUUAGAUGGUGGUUUAAAUGUUAUUCAGCUGGAGACUGCUGUUGGUGCUGCUAUUAAAAGUUUUGACAAUUCUUUGGGAAUAAAUGUGCCUCGUAGCCGUUUCCUGCCUGUCAAGACCACAUCUGAUCUUCUACUUGUGAUGUCUAACCUAUAUAGCCUUCAUGCUGGAUCUUUAACAAUGAGUGAGAAAAGGGAAUUUCCUACUGUGCCACUGGUCAAACUGGGAAGCUCUUUCACCAAGGUCCAAGAUUACCUGAGGAGAUUUGAAAGUAUCCCAGAUAUGCUUGAACUGGAUCAUCUGACUGUUUCAGGCGAUGUCACCUUUGGCAAAAAUGUAGCAUUAAAGGGAACUGUCAUCAUUAUUGCAAACCAUGGGGACAGGAUAGAUAUCCCACCGGGAGCCGUACUGGAGAACAAAAUCGUUUCUGGCAAUCUCCGGAUCCUGGACCACUGAACAGAUGGUGGCCAUCGACUAGCACUUCUCAAGUGGAAAAACCCAUAGGCGUUAGAAUUGUACACAGAGGGUCUACUUAGCUUAUCCACUCACUAUACCCACAGUAUUAUUUUCUCAGUUUUUCCUGUAUUUUCUUUUAGCUGAAAGAACAUUUGAGAUGCAAAUCUUUAUAAUUAUAAUGAAUGAACUGCAGAAUCAUUUAAAGUGCAAUAUUGUUUGUCUUAAGAGAAGACAGGCAGCUCAUGUAUAAGAAGUUUAACAUGCUAAUGAUGUUGAAUACGUUUUAAAUUGCUUGUAACUGAAAAAAAGCUGUGAAACAAUAUGCUGUUAAGUGAAACAAUUCUAUGAAGUGUACUCAUAACUGAACACCCAGAUGUUUGGCUACCAAGACAAGCAAACUGUUCGAAGGUCCAGUACUUAACUGUUAACAUUAUUGCCUUCUACUGUUAAUAUUUCAAGCUGUACCAUUCACGGCAACUUCUUCCUAUUUAGAGAUAGCCCAAUACCUCACUUUUACUGUGCUCUAAAGAAGGAGUUGAUACUCUUCUGUGUUCACCCAAAGAAAACACUGGUUCUCAGUCUUUGGUUCUCUGGUUGUUUUGGACUUCAACUCUCAGAAAUCCCAGCCAUCUUGCCAGCUGUUAGGAAUUGUGGGAACUAAAAUCUAAAAAAUCUGGAGGACCAAAGGUUGGAAACCACUGGUCUAAAGGGUUACUUCUAAAGGGUUACUUCUGUAACACCCCCAUCAUUCAGCAUUUCUCUUUAGCUAUUAAGAGCUGUAUUUUGCUUUUUAGCAUAGAAGAGAUCACUCCUGCUGCAUACUUAGGUUUAUACGGUGAAAUUGUGCAUUGACACACACGUGGAAACAAAUCCCACCUGAAUGUGUACAGGUACUGAAAUAAACAAUAUCACCUUAA